CGCCCAGCUCUCUAACGGACGGCUCCUGAGAGGCCUGGAGCGCUGGUUCGGGGGGUCGCUCUCGCGGGGUCUGCCGGGAUACUUCCUUGAGGGGGGGGGCGUGUCGUCAUGUCGCACAAACAGAUCUAUUAUUCCGACAAGUACGACGACGAGGAGUUCGAGUACCGGCACGUGAUGCUGCCAAAAGACAUUGCGAAGCUGGUCCCGAAGACCCAUCUCAUGUCUGAGUCCGAAUGGAGGAAUCUCGGUGUACAGCAGAGCCAGGGCUGGGUUCACUACAUGAUCCACGAGCCAGAGCCCCACAUCCUGCUUUUCCGAAGGCCCUUGCCAAAGAAGCCAGAAAAGUGACUCGUGGAUAAAAGUUCUCAGAAGUUUUAGAUGCAAGCACCUUUUUUAAAAAGUUUGACAAAUUUUAAAUUGUUUUUUAAAAGUUUGACAAAUGUUUUGCUACAUCUGUCGAAAGAAUGCCCCUGGAUGAGACCCACGUCCAGCCCAGCUUUCCUCACUUCAGAACAACUGUCUGUCAAAAGGGACUGAAUUGGCCGAGUAAACGGACUUCAUAACAGCUGAAACACAAUUUUUUUACACUGUCUUUCACAGCUGAUGGCUGCCGCUUUUUUACGGAAGCUGUCUAGUUUGGCUUUUUACAUCCAGGAAUUUCUCAGUGUGUUUCUCUGGUUGGAUUUCUUUUUAAUAUGUGUGUUCUAAAUCUUAUAUUUCAAGUUCUCCUUUUGGAACUUUUAAAGUUAUUUUAGAUAUGACUGUUCUUAUGGCUCUUUCAAUAAA